UUUCAGAACCUCAAUGGCGGAUCCAAAUAGCCAACUUACGUCAGCCACAACUGUUGCAACUGCCGCCAUUGCUCAACCACAGGUUAUGCUUCCAAAUGCAUAUGAUUAUCCUUAUAAUAUUGAUCCGACAACGAUUCAGAUGCCUGAUUAUUGGAGUGGAUACCAUCUCAACCCGUAUCCUCCGAUGCAAACAACGGAUAUUGAUUAUUCAUCAGCCUUCCUUCCAACACAUCCACCAACUGAAACCCCUGCUUCCGUAGCUGCUCCAACUUCUGCAACAUCUGAUAUUAAGCCAAUUCAUGCAACAUCAUCCACUUCAACGACGGCUCCAUCUACUGCUCCAGCUCCAACUUCAACUACUGAUGUGCUUGAGUUAAAGCCAACAACAGCUCCAGCCACGAAUUCUGCAGAAACAUCAGCGAUUGUUGCUCCACAGCCUCUUACUAAUCUUACCGCACCAAUUGACGCAAUGUCAUCAAUGUAUACAUGGCCACAAACAUAUCCAGGUUACCUUCCACCUUCAGAAGAUAACAAAGCAAGUGAAGCUGUUAAUCCAUACAUCUCAAUCCCUCCAACAUAUACAUUUGGUGCUGAUCCAUCAGUUGCCGACUUCUCAUCGUAUCAGCAGCAACUUGCUGGACAGCCGAAUGGUCUUGGUGGAGAUACCAACUUGGUUGACUACAAUCAUCAAUUCCCACCAGCCGGUAUGAGCCCACACUUUGAUCCAAAUGGAUAUCCAGGAAUGACCGGAAUGCCACCAGGAUCAAGUGCAUCAUCUGUUCGAAAUGAUAAGUCUGCAUCAAGAGCAACGAGCCGUCGUCGGGUACAAGGCCCUCCAUCUUCUGGAAUUCCAACUCGCCAUUCAUCGUCUUCAAGGCUUUCUGAUAAUGAAUCAAUGAGUGAUGACAAAGAUACGGAUAGGAGAUCACAGAAUAAUGCUCGAGAAAGAGUACGAGUUCGUGACAUCAAUUCGGCAUUCAAAGAGCUCGGACGAAUGUGCACACAGCACAAUCAGAAUACAGAACGGAAUCAAACAAAAUUGGGAAUUCUACACAAUGCAGUAUCUGUGAUUACACAAUUGGAAGAACAGGUUCGUCAACGAAAUAUGAAUCCAAAAGUGAUGGCUGGAAUGAAAAGGAAACCUGAUGAUGAUAAAAUGAAGAUGCUUGAUGACAAUGCACCAUCCGCGCAGUUUGGACAUCCACGGUUUUAAAUUUAAAAAUUGACUUUUUAAGCAUUUCAAACUAUCAUUCCCAAUCUUCUCCCAAUCAUCCAUACGGCUAAAACUCUCUAGCAUAUUGUUUUUUUGUUCAAACUAUUCAAAUGUUCCCCUUCAUCUCCCUCCGGAUUGGAGGUCCUGUGAUUUCUCAACUUCAAUCAGUUUUCAGUUUUAAAAAUUUUAAACUUUAUUACAAGAUCAUCACAAUUUUCUGUAUGUUUUUAAUUUAUUUUCUCCUCUAAAUUUAAAUCAAUCAAUAGCUAAUUCUAAUAUUUCAAGUAUUAAAAUUAACUUUCAUAUUAUUCAUUCAUUCAAUCAACUUCUUCCAACUUGUCUUAUUUUUUGUGUGUGUGUAUGUGAUAAACCAUAGCUAAUUAGUAUCUACUUGAAAUGAAAUGGUCCACUCAAAAAAAAAGACACCGCCAACUAAUUUCACACAUGAAUUA